AUGGCAACUUUCAAACACGACAAACGAAGCUCAGAAACCAUCUCAGACAUCGCCAAAGAUGUAAUACGACUUCUCAAGGAAGAGAAAGAAACUGUUGGCGUCGCCGAGUCCUUAACAGGCGGGAGUAUCAUGGCCGCCCUCACAGCAGUCGAAGACGCAAGUUCUGUCUGUCGCGGUGGCAUUGUUUCCUACAACACUGGCAUAAAGGUCAACAUACUCGGAGUUAGUCAAUCUAUUAUCACGAAACACGGUGCUGUCAAUGGGGAAGUCGCGGAACAGAUGGCCGCUGGCGCCCGCAGUAUCACGACGCUCGAUACGCCAACGACGUGGGGACUCAGCACGACGGGCGUGGCAGGACCUGGCACUGAGGAAGGAAAAGCACCUGGGACGGUGGUUAUUGGAAUUUCGAGGGCCGGUCAGGACAGGGCGUUUGGGCCGUUUUACUUUCCAGGGGAUCGGAGUGCUGUCAGAAAGGCCACCGUCGUGAAGGCUUUAAAACAGUUGAGGGAACUUCUACGUGACCGAGAUCACCUGGAUGAGCGACCAUGA